AUGGUGUUCAGUGGCCAAAGCUGCAUAGAUGAAGAUGAAGCUGCAUAUAGAGAAUUGACUCACCGAUUUGGUGGGCCACCUCCACUGGUUCGCCUCACUGUCACUCCCUCCAUCGACCAUAAUCAAACCAGCGAUACUUCGUUUGCAAAUGGAUUCUUGAGGAGAGUGAAGUACUUAUGGAGGUUCCUAGACUCAGCAAGUGCGGCAUUUAAAGGGCGUGAGGGUGAAGAAAGAAGGAUGAUGGAAGUAGAGGCUGCGAAGGCAUUGACAAAAACAGGCGAGAGGAAAGAGAAGUGCAAAAGAAAGACAGGUGUUGGGUUUGUUAGGGAGGUGCUUGGAGAGGAUGCCCUUGACGGAGCUAGAGCAUUAUUGAGGAAUUAUGAUAGUAACUGGGAGAUGAAAGUGGAAGAGAGAGAGAUGGUCCUUCACCCGACUACUCCCCUCGACGUGGGAGACAUGAAACAGGGAGCCAAAAAGUGA